AUAAUAAAUUACAUGGUAGAAUUUUUUAAAUUUUUAUUUGUGUCUUUUAUCAAUAUUUUUUAACGACUUUAUGCGAAAUCAGAUUGCCUCCAAAAUCGAAAGUAUUACAUGAAAUCAAGCAGGAGAGCUCUGACAAUUUUGGACCAAUGCCUCACAAUGGCGCAUAUCAGGCAAACUCAAUCCCACCUCACAGUUUCCGGCACCCUUUUCGAUCCUUACGCAGCUGCCAAGAUCAUCGCCUUCUGUUCCGAAUCGAACUCCGGCGAUUUACGCCAUGCAUUUCGACUCUUCCGCCACAUGCCACACCGGACCACCUACAUUUGGAACGUCAUGAUCAGAGCUUUCGCCGAGAGAAAUGAGUCUAUGAGAGCUCUGUCUCUCUACAACGACAUGAUUCAGAGCGGCCUCCUGCCCAACAACUACACUUUCUCCUUUCUUCUUCGAGCUUGCACCGACCUCUCAUAUCUGUCAAUGGGUUUGGUGCUCCAUUGCCAUGCAAUCCGGUUGGGGUGGGAGUCGUACGAUUUUGUGCAGAACGGGUUGAUCCAUUUGUAUGUGACUUGUGAUUCCAUAAACCCAGCUCGGAAACUGUUCGAUAUGAGCGUUUAUAAAGAUGUUGUUACCUGGACUGCGUUGAUUAAUGGGUACGUGAAGUCUGGCCAAGUUGAGGUUGCACGGGAGCUGUUCGAUGAAAUGUCUGAGAAGAAUGCGGUUUCGUGGAGCGCUUUGAUUAAUGGAUAUGUGCAAGUUGGGUUGUUCAGUGAGGCUUUGGAGCUUUUCGUUGAUAUGCAGGUUUCCGGGGUUUUGCCUAACCAUGCCGGGAUUGUUGGUGCACUCACUGCUUGUGCUUUCCUUGGUGCACUGGAUCAAGGAAGGUGGAUACAUGCGUAUGUGAGCCAGAAGGGGAUGAAAUUAGAUAGAGUGUUGGGCACUGCUCUUGUCGACAUGUACACAAAGUGCGGUUGUGUUGAAACUGCUCGUGCUGUGUUUAAUGAGAUGCCGAGUAGGGAUGUCUUUACUUUCACUUCUUUGAUUUCAGGGCUUGCAAAUUGCGGUGAAAGUGAGAGCGCCAUUUCGUUGUUCGUGAGAAUGCAGGAUGAAGGAAUUGCGCCCAAUGAAGUUACAUUCAUAUGCGUGUUGAGUGCUUGCAGUCGGAUGGGUUUGGUGGACGAGGGACUGCGAAUCUUUGAAAGUAUGAGCAACACUUUUGGGAUACAGCCAGGGGUCCAGCACUAUGGUUGUUUGGUGGAUUUACUGGGAAGAGCUGGUAUGCUAGAAGAGGCAAAGAAAGUUGUGAGAGAGAUACCCAUGGAACCAGACUCGUACGUCUCGGGUGCAUUGCUCAAUGCUUGUAGGGUUCAUGGAGAUGUUGAGUUAGGUAAAGAAAUGGUCGAGCGCUUGUCUGGGAAAAGCUUAGACCACAGUGGCGUGCGUGUUCUUCUUUCAAACAUCUAUGCCUCCGCCAACCAGUGGGACAAUGUCACAACGCUGAGGAAGGGAAUGGAGGAGAAAAAGGUGAGAAAGGUGCCGGGAUGUAGCUCAGUCGAAGUCAACGGCGAGGUUUUUGAGUUUGUUGCCGGAGAUAGGUCGCAUGUGCUCAUGGACGAAAUCACGUUGGUGUCGCUUGCGAUUGACAAGCAUUUGAAGUCUUUUUGGAUUGAUAGGGAUGAUGACAAACUAACCGAAUAACUCAAGUUUUAGCAGAGUUGGUUUCCUCUUUUACAAACUAAUUUAUCAUGGAGGAUGCCUCUUAGGGUUGCCGUCGGAGGCAAUUUCAAAAAUCAGAGAAAUCGAAAUUUGUCAACUGCUCCGAUGAAGAUCUGCGAAAGAACUAUACCAAUUACACCAGUCUAGCUAACAGGUACCUAACACGAUUGUCGAUUAUUUGAGCUACGUUUACAUGUUUCAAAACUUUCAGUUUACAAUUACCUGAAAGUAAGGUACCAAUUAAAACGACGAGACAUUAACCCAACAACUAACACUGAUCUCAAAAGAAACACUGUUUAGAAGUUAGACCUAUCAUCCACAACGAUCAAAACUCGACCUCUCCAUUUAUAGCUCACCCGUAACUCAUAACCCAUAACCCAUCUCCUUAUGACUUAACAAUCUGUUGAUCAUGGUUCCCAUUAUUUAACUGCCCUCGUAUCACUAACAGAAGGCUCACUGCAAACACAUUAAGAUGGUCAUCUAUCACCUACGAAUUGAUAAAUCAAACAAUUUCAAGCUAUUGCAGUAACAUAUCCUUUGGAAGAGACUUUAAAAAAAGACUUAGAGUACUUGGAUCUAACUGAAGACAUGGCACAAAACGAAGCUGAAGGAAGACAAUAAAACAGGAAUACAUUCUUUUCACCUUUGCCAACAAUACAUGGGUUUGAAAUGGAAACUUAAACAUAGAUAAAGAGUGAGAUGACAAUAAUUAAGUCGUAAAUCGAUAAAUACAGACCACAGCGUACGAAUUAAGCUUAUUUGAUCGCCAACCCACAACACAGUCACAAAGUUCUCAUCGUCCAGAGGCAACAUUUUUCUUUAAUUAUAAGAUAUUUAUAGAACUACCAAUUUGCCGUCAUCGUCAUCACUAUAUUCACACAGCGGUGGCUUCCUUGACUGUCGACGGUGGUGGGGAAACGGAGUCAGCGGUCACCUCCGGAAUCUUGACAUACCCCAUCUUCUUCGGGUUGAAGUCUUCGAAAUCGUCAUCGGAAGAGCUGGAGCCGCUGUCGUGGCGACUGAUGAAGACGGACCAAGCCAGGAACAUGAUGGCGGCGGUGAGAGCGCCGCAGCCGACGCCAAAGAGUAGCGAAACGACGACGCUCAGGAUGUCCUUGGUGCGAUCGCGGAGGGAGCUGAGGUCGUAGGAGGAAGACC